AUGAUAGAUGAUAUGCUUGUUGCUUCUUCCACUUUCUGGGACAUCAAAUUAUCAGUGAGGCAAUGGAGGAACUCGUCGGACCUUACACUCUUGGCAGAGCUUCAGUUCCAACAGCUUCAAAAGUCCUCUGAACAAGAAGUGGUUAAACAAGGCUAUUGCAGGGUGAUACGAUCCAAAGUGCAAAAAUGGAUGGAGAAUAAUCUACCAGUAGCUUUUUGUGGAGACAUAUUAUACCUCAAAUACCAACAUUCUGGUGAAGAUUCUCCACAAGUUACAAACUCAGUAAUACUGCUUGCAGAGACAGAACCUCCACCUUCUAGUAAUCAGGAAAGUACUGUUGAAGAACCUUCCCCUGUUCUCGAGGAGCAUCCAGCAAAAGUAAGAAGAGCAAAAUCAUCUCGGUCACAACACAGGCGUCCAAGAGGUACACGGUCAUCACAAAGAAGACGGCGACCCAUAGCAUCCAUUGAUGAAGAAGGUCCAUUUUCUGACAAAGCUGUCUGCACACUUUUCUUCAGGAAAUUAUAUCUUAUGUCUACACUUCAGCUGGGCUUGACCCUUGGUAUAAUUUGCACGUUCGUCUACUGGAGAUACCUUAAAAUAUGGGUACGAAGACGCCCAUGGUUUUGUUAUACCAUGUUACCAUUAAUCAUGUUGCUGGCUAUUACAAUAGCCUGCUGUGAUCAAGCCCGCAGGCGAUUUCCACUGGACGCCAUUAUGUUGUUAAUAUUUACAAUUUUAGAGGGUAUGUUGCUUGGAUCAAUUGCAGCUUUCUUUGAUGCUGAUGCAUUAUGUGGUCAGUUGGUGCCUCUGCCUGUGUGUCAGAAUACUGCUAAUUUUGUAUUUAGUCUUGGGUUUCUUUAUGGAUGUCUUUGUGCUAUCCUGCAAUCAAUGUGGUUACGAAUAAUACAUGCUGCCGUCGGAACAAUAAUUUUUAGCAUAUAUCUGUUGGUGGACACACAACUAAUGCUGGGGAAGAAGGACCAAGAUCGUCUGAAUCCUAAUGAGUAUAUUUUUGCAGUACUGAACAUCUACAUUGACAUUUUUUCUUUCUUUUUAUUUUUAUUGCAAUUUGUUGGUUGGAGAAAGUGAGAAGCACAUGGUAGACUGAAUAAAGGGGAUUGUGUAGAUGUA